AGAAUGUGCUGACCAUGCCUCAAAAAUCGCAUUCAAGAAAUGUAUGAUGUGUCGCAGAAAGUCGUUGAAGGUGGAUAAUCCCUGACUCCAAGAAGAAACCCCGAUCGUCGUUCCUUUCCAAAGAAAAGAGGCCUUUACUUCUCCAUCACUCACCUGAUCAAACCUUCAAAAUUCUCCGCAAGACGUUACACCCCGUUACUCUUUCCGUUUCCGUUAAAACCGUACAUCAUCACUUCUUGUCUGCAUGCAUCCGCAAUACGAAUUAAGUGCGUGCUCGUGAAUCACAAUGUCAACGACACAACGGCCCCUGAAUGGCGGCCAAAAAUGAUGCCGACAUCGCACUCGUCAAAUUCGAAUUUCUCACCUUUGUCGCGGACAGGUGACUCAUCUUCCGUCACUUCCAUUGUCCGCCGGAUCCGGAAACGAACGAGCAAACGACUGGACGCGGCAUUGCGCAAGGUGGACGUGGCACUGAAGCCAGUCACCGUCCGGCGACGUAGACGCAGGCAAUUGAGCGACGUAACUAAAGGAUCGGUGGAUCAGGACGACGAGUACACUGACGUCAUCGCCGGAAUUGAUGCGGCCGUGGGAGAGAUUGACGCUUCUGCUAGUGACGAGUGGGGAGCGAGGAUACUGCCCUUGACUUCCGACGAGGCUCCUGUCAUCAGUGCGAAGCUUAGCAAGAAGCUGGAAAAAUACACAACAAAACCAAUUCCACAUCCCGGCCCCUCGCCCAUUGCUACCUACGCUGGUGCACUGAGUUCCCAAACCUCAGCUUCCACUACUGCCGUAGCUUCCCAAUUACGUAAAGCAUCAGGAAAUUUACUCGAAAACGCUUCUCAUAAGAAGCCCAUCAGCUCCAAUCCACGUCCGAAAGGCGUACCGCUAGGAACACACAAGGCGAGCCCGACUAAACUCGUCGUGACACGAAGGAGAGACUACCCUUCGACCGGAAGUUUACUAAGAUUCGCCAAACUCUUCCCUAAGUGGAAACAAGCUAGUUUGCUGAGCGCAGUUCCUGCAAGGAAAUUCGCUAACCCUGUAAAACAAGGUGCUGUUCCAGCUGUCAAAACGAAAGAGGUCAAAAAGCCGGCCAAACAGCUGACUGAAGCUGAGCAUCACAGCACGGCGAAGGAGUCCGUGUCUUCAUCACGCACUGCCACCAGCAUGUCAGCUCGUCAGAACUCAAAAACCGCGCCGUCCACCUCGAAAACGAACACAGCAGUACGUCGCCAAGCAGGGACAGAAGAUCACGAUUUGAUCCCACAGCAUCAGAGCAUUUCGUCUGACUCUACAUUCGGGAUGUUCACUGACGAGUGCUUGACUUCCGAGGACGUCAAGGCCUGGCACGAGAUGAAAUUCCGACAAUGGGCAGAACAUGACGACAACACUUCCGGCAUUAUCGACGUCCCUGACGACAUACAAGCCCUGCUGGACGAAGCCCCGGAUUUCUCUCGGAUCCGACAUCUGCGCGGCGGAACAUCCGACCAAAGAAAAGUGAAGAUUAAGAAAACGUCUUACGAUGACAUGAUCAAAGAGAAUCUCAUGAAAAUCGCGGGAGGUCCUCCGCCUCCGUCAGUCCUCAAAUUUGUAUCCGGAAUGCACCAGAAUACCAGGUUUGAAGACGAGGAACAAGAACACGAGGCUUCUGAGGAAGAACCUCAAUUAGAGUCUGCUGCGCCUGCCGAAAAUCCAGACCAAGAGCAACCGAGAAGCUCUCGCAGCGUGUCGUUUGCACAGUCCUGUCCCCAGCUUUCAGACCAGGAUACUCAAGAAGAAGCCGAAGAUGAAUCAGGAGAUGCAAAGCGUGACAGCGAUGAAAAAAUAGAAACUGGAAACCCUGAAGAAAAUUCGGCUUUAGCAUCGGAAAGCAGCGUGAAAAGAGGAGAAGGAGGGGCAGGUGGAAGCUCCAACUCGAGGAGUUCUACGCCCGAAUCAUCAGGCAAACUUACACCAGCACCAUCUUCUGUCAGAGGAUCGAGCCAAGCUUCUCCAGCUGUGUCUUCUGUGAAAGGAUCAUCGUGCAAAUCAUCACCAGCUCCCUCAUCGUCCAAGUGUGCUUCCAAAAAGCCUUCUAAACCAUCCUGUCAACAAUUACCACCACCCCCACCUAAACCAUCUUGUCCAGCACAACCAAAGCCAUCUUGCCCUCCACCCAAACCAAAAUGUCCUCCACCUUGUCCUCCUCCAAAGCCGAAGUGUCCACCACCUAAGCCAGUGUGUCCGCCACCUUGUCCACCACCAAAGCCAGUGUGUCCACCACCUUGUCCACCACCAAAGCCAGUGUGUCCGCCACCUUGUCCACCACCAAAGCCAGUGUGCCCUCCACCAUGUCCUCCUCCUCCAAAGCCAAAAUGUCCACCGCCACCAAAAUGUCCACCACCACCUAAAUGCCCAUCACCACCCAAGUGUCCAUCACCUCCUCCUUGCCCUGAGCCUCCACCAUGUCCACCUCCGCCCAAGUGUCCAUCUCCUCCAAAAUGUCCAUCUCCACCACCAUGUCCUUCCCCACCACCAUGUCCUUCCCCACCACCUUGUCCAUCUCCUCCUCCAUGUUGCUGUCCACCACCUCCAUGUCCUCCAAAACCUUGCCCAUGUCCUCCUUGUCCGCCACCAUGUCCAUGUUCAGAGCCUGCCAGGGAGCCCACUGAAAGGGAGCUGAGGGCACUAAGGGCUUAUAGAAGAGUGGUUGCUUUACUCAAACAAAAAGAGUCACUGAAGACGUGCAACACAACAAUCUCGGAAGACAUCACUGAGUUGAUUUGGUACGCUGAAGCCGAAAACGUCAAGGAUCUCUUGUCCAUUCGAGCAAGAUCCAAGCUGAGAUCAGCAUUUCCAGGGACAGCUCCAGAAUGUGUCAGGGAAGGAGGGAACAUGGAAUUCCUUAAACUAAAAACAGUACUUAACCUGUGGGCGAUCGACUUGAUCAACGAAGAAAUCGAAAUAAAGAAGGGUGACAAAGCUGGACUUAUACUCGCCAUUGACAGAUCGGAACGACGUUUGACAACAUUGAAGGAUGCGGUUCCGGACUUGUACCAAGCUUAUUCCUUGCUGAAAGAUGUCAGCAACUCUGAACGAAGUCUCAGAGAACUUCGCACAUUCUUCGACCGAUUUGAAGAUCACGUUCCGCGCAUCAGAGUUCUUGGAGAACGACUGAUGUGCUCGUGGAUGGACAAGAAGAGACUGCAGCUCGCCAUUGACGAGCUGAAGGACUACCUCAGGGCCGUGUCCGCCGCCGGAUUCGACAACGCCAGCACUCAACUCUUCGAACAGAUGAAUCCGAAUCUGUGUCGCACACGCCUCUUGAGAAUGUUCUACGACGACUCCCGGUGUCCUUCAAACAAGGAUCCCGCAAUUCAGGAGAACAGUGAAGACGGACUGGAACCCGCCUUCUACAAUGGACGAGUCGUGGAAAACGAAUGGCUGAGAGCUGGGGGAGCGUCUCCUGAAAUGGACUGGUUCGCUGCUGGGGACAGAAAAUGGAACAAACUAUUCGGAGGAGGGCCGAAUCCAUUCGAGGAUCCCGUACAUAAGUCAUCACGACUUGAUCCUUGCGAAAAGUUCAUGACCUACCGUCCACCUGCACAAGCUAAGAUGGCUGCGGAUCGGUUCCUGCUGAACUUUCAAAGGUCUUCAGGCACCAUGAAUUACCAAGCAACAAUUCUGAUGGAGUCGAUCAAUGCUCUCAUCGGACUUCUUCGGACGAUCGAUCCACGACCAAGAUCUUUCCGGCAGCAGUUCAGCGGCACGAAGUUGUUUUCAAGUUAGCCUGCCAGCUAACGGAUCAUGCAUAGAAGCUCCUCGAAUUCAGAUUAUUCCUUGUUAAUGUCCUUAUUGUUAUCUUCCGGUUAUUUUUAAUGAAAUACUGAUAUUAUUUAAAGUUAGUACGAUCAAGUAUUUCCAUUCGAAAUUCAUGCGGUACACGCCGAAAAAAAUGACAAUUUUUGGAAGAUGAAGAUAA